GGUGGACCCGAGACUGGGAUCUUCCAGGGCGGCCGAGCGCGGGUUCGUCUGGGCCGCAAAAUGCUCAGACCACCCCUCCAGCAACAAGGUCUCCUGUUGCCCCGACGCGAUGGUCACCCGGGCUAUCUGCUCAAUCCGACGGCCACCCAAUCCUGCUCGUUCUGUCCGUACUCGGUGGGCGACGAGUACGCGCGCACGCUGCACUUUUACUAUAGUGCCCGGGGACGCGACGCGGGUGCACUUCUGGCCUUGUGUGUGACCAAUUUUGUCUUGCUGUUUGGGGUGACGUGGCUGGUGCGUGUGCAGCUUCGCCGGUGGAGGAAGUAACCUGCUUUAGACACUUAGAAAAUUAGAUAGACG